UUUUUGUUAGAACUGCAGUAGUAGUCUACUUUACAAUAUCGUCGCUUUCACACUUGCAUUUGGGGAUGUGGAAAUGUAACAGAUUGGACUUGAUUGUCAGAAAAAUAUAUGGUGAUGAUGGUUGAUGGGUAGAAAGGCAAAAGAUGACACUGAUCAGAAAGACGACUCAUUAAUAGGUGAUGUUUGCAGACAGGAAAAGUAAACUGUCAAGGAAUUAAUCUAUUUAGUACUUGUUAUUUGGACCAGAUUAAGGAGUUUUUGAUUUAUCAGAUCAACGGUCGACAGAAAAUGAAAAGUAGUGUGGCACAAAUAAAGCAUUCUUCUAGCCAUGACAGAAGGGAAAACUAUAAUUCAUAUCAGAGGACCUCCUCUCCAGAAGACAGAUAUCCAGAACAAGAAAGAUCCCCUCGGGAUAGAGAUUACUUUGAUCACAGCAGGUCAGACUAUGAGCAUUCAAGAAGAGGACGUUCUUAUGAUGGUGGCAUGGAGUCACGAAGUAGAGACCGAGAAAAACGCAGAGAAAGAGAUGUGGAUCGGAAAAGGUCCCGGAAAUCUCCAUCUCCUGGGAGAAGAAGCCCAGAACCAUCGGUAACCCAAAGUUCCUCUACUCAGGAUGAACCUACUUCAAAGAAGAAGAAAGAGGAGCUGGAUCCUCUCCUUACUCGCACUGGUGGAGCAUAUAUUCCUCCUGCAAAGCUCAGGAUGAUGCAGGAACAGAUCACAGAUAAAAACAGCUUAGCAUACCAGAGGAUGAGCUGGGAAGCCUUAAAGAAGUCCAUCAAUGGUCUGAUCAACAAAGUCAACAUUUCUAAUAUUGGUAUUAUUAUUCAAGAACUUCUUCAAGAAAAUAUAGUUAGAGGAAGAGGCCUGCUGUCCAGAUCUGUUUUGCAAGCUCAGAGUGCUUCUCCAAUCUUUACUCAUGUUUAUGCAGCAUUAGUGGCAAUUAUCAACUCAAAAUUUCCACAAAUUGGAGAAUUAAUCCUCAAAAGGUUAAUUCUGAAUUUUCGAAAAGGCUAUCGAAGAAAUGAUAAGCCACUCUGUCUAACAGCUUCAAAAUUUGUGGCACAUCUUAUUAACCAAAAUGUGGCUCAUGAAGUUUUAUGCUUAGAAAUGCUCACUUUGCUCCUGGAAAGACCAACAGAUGACAGUGUUGAAGUAGCUAUUGGUUUUCUCAAGGAAUGUGGUCUCAAGUUAACACAAGUGUCACCACGAGGAAUCAAUGCGAUAUUUGAACGCCUUCGAAACAUUCUUCAUGAGUCUGAAAUUGACAAGAGAGUUCAGUAUAUGAUUGAAGUGAUGUUUGCUGUACGGAAGGAUGGAUUCAAGGACCACCCUGUUAUCCUAGAAGGACUUGACUUAGUGGAAGAAGAUGAUCAGUUCACUCACAUGCUCCCUCUGGAAGAUGACUAUAAUCCAGAAGACGUUCUUAAUGUUUUCAAGAUGGAUCCUAAUUUUAUGGAGAAUGAAGAGAAGUACAAAGCUAUUAAGAAGGAAAUUCUUGAUGAGGGAGACAGUGACUCGAACACAGACCAAGAUGCUGGAAGUAGUGAGGAGGAGGAGGAAGAAGAGGAGGAAGAGGGAGAGGAAGAUGAAGAAGGACAGAAAGUGACUAUUCAUGACAAAACAGAAAUUAAUCUAGUUUCAUUUCGUCGUACAAUUUAUCUUGCUAUUCAGUCAAGUUUAGAUUUUGAGGAAUGUGCUCACAAAUUGCUGAAAAUGGAGUUUCCUGAGAGUCAAACAAAAGAACUCUGCAACAUGAUACUUGAUUGCUGUGCCCAACAGAGGACAUAUGAGAAAUUUUUUGGCUUAUUAGCUGGGCGAUUUUGUAUGCUAAAAAAAGAAUACAUGGAAUCCUUUGAAAGUAUAUUCAAAGAACAAUAUGAUACCAUCCAUCGCUUGGAAACAAACAAAUUGAGAAAUGUUGCUAAGAUGUUUGCUCACCUUUUAUAUACUGAUUCACUUCCUUGGAGCGUUCUUGAAUGUAUAAAGCUGAGUGAAGAAACUACUACAUCAUCCAGUAGAAUUUUUGUGAAAAUAUUUUUCCAAGAACUGUGUGAAUACAUGGGUCUUCCUAAACUUAAUGCAAGGUUAAAGGAUGAAACUCUGCAGCCAUUCUUUGAAGGAUUAUUACCCCGAGAUAACCCAAGAAACACUCGGUUUGCCAUCAACUUCUUUACUUCUAUAGGUCUUGGAGGUUUAACGGAUGAAUUGCGUGAGCAUCUCAAAAAUACACCAAAGGUCAUCGUGGCCCAAAAACCAGAUGUUGAGCCCAAUAAAUCCUCCCCUUCCUCUUCCUCUUCUGGAUCCUCCUCCUCCUCCUCUGAUUCUGAAUCCUCUGCCUCUGAUUCGGACAGCAGUGACAGCAGUUCAGAGUCUUCUAGUGAGGAGAGUGAUUCUUCAUCCACCAGUAGUCAGAGCUCGUCCUCAGCUAAAGAUGUAAGAAAGAAGGGACAAGGGAAACCCAGAAGUAAAGAAGUAGAUAAAUUAAUCAGGAAACAACAAACAAAUGAUAGGAAACAAGAAGAAAGGCGACCAGAGCCACGGCACCAGGAAACGAGGACUGAGAGAGAAAGGAGGUCAGAGAAACCCAGAGAUAGAGAUUCAAGAGAUCCUGCAACAAAACACAGUUCUGACAGAGGGGUUCCUUCUGAGCGAAAUAGCUACAGCAGAGCCAUGAAUGACAGAGACUACGAAAUGCACAUAGAUUUGGAACAUAAGCACAGGGACCCCAAAAAGAAAAGAGGAGAGAGAAGAAAUUCUUUUUCUGAAAAUGAGCACAGACACCGAAAUAGGGACAGUGAAAAUUUUACAAGAAAAGAGAGGUCCAACUCAAGAGAAAAGAGUAAAAAACAUUCAGGUUCUAGAAGCGAUGAAGAUAGGUAUCAGAAUGGUGCCGAGAGGCGAUGGGAAAAAUCUAGCCGAUACUCUGAACAAUCCAGAGAAUCAAAGAAAAAUCAGGACCGACGAAAAGAAAAGUCUCCAACGAAGCAAAAAAAAUAAUUCGAAAAGAAAAGUCUCCAACGAAGCAAAAAAAAAAUUCUGCGAAAUUACAGAAACUGAACAUGCCUUAUAUUCAGUUGAAACAAAUUAUUUUUUACAUUGAUGAACUUUAUAGAGAAUUCUUGUAUAAAGUCCUGAUUUGUAUUUGUACAUUUAAAAAAUGUUUUCAUUUUAACAUAUUUUAUAACUGAUACAUCUCAAGGCCCUCACAUAAAAUUAUUUGAAGAGUUUCACCAGAGAGGAAUGUUAUUCUUGCUUAUAUUUUGUUAAUAAAAUGAUCAAAUGCUCAUUGAAUCAGUGAUUUUUUUCAUUGACAAGUUUUUUUUCUGAUAAUACUGUCUCCAGUUGUUUAUAGAAUUAUUAUAAUGAAUUAUUAGUGGCUUUUUAUUUGUAACUGCAGACCAAAAGAGGUGAACCACUUCAAUUUAACAUUUCUGCUUUGUUAGUUAGAUGAUAUAAACCCUUCUUAGGAGCUGCCCCUUUUUUUUUUUUAAAGUAGAGAAAUUAUUUCAAGUUUCAUAUUAUGGCUUGAACAAAAUAGAUGUGUGUAGCUUUUUUCACAAGUGGUGAAACUAGAUGUAUGUUAGUCUUUAAACAGAUACACAGCUAUAUUAUUUAUAAUUAGGGCUUCUCUCAUUGAUGGCAUUUCUUCUUUCUGGACUGUUAGAUUAAUGUUUAAUCAAAAUUCUUUGUGGCUACUGCCUUUACUCAGUCUUGAAGCUAUAUCACUGUUGGUAAGUUAAUAUGUAUUUAGUUUUUAAUUUGGAUUAAUAGAUUGGAAAACAUACAAUCAUGAAACAUGUGGACAAGCCUAACUGUGAAAUAAUUUUUCUAAGAAUUUUAAGGGUUUCCAUCAUUGUAACUCUCACUAAUUAAUAUGUGACUAUAUUAUUUAUUACUUUUGAAAUAAAAUAUUGCCUCUGAAAUGUUA